AGAGUGGAGGCUCAUUCACUGAUUAGAGGCAGCUUCGAGAGGCAGCGCUGCGCUUUCCCCGGCUCCCAGCAGCCGUGUCAGGCUCUCGCUCACUCCCAUGCUGGCCGAAAGCGCUCGCACACACGCGCCGAGCUUUGCACGUCCAGCUCUCCGCCCCAUGCAACAUCUCACGCUCUUCCUUUCCCCAGCCUGAAGUCCAAAGGGGAAGCCAGCUCCCGAGGAAUUUCCACGAUUUGAGAUGGUGAUGAGAUCCCAGUGAAAUCCUUCAGCGCUACCCCCAGACGUUGUUUUGCUUUCCAUCCAGGGAAGAUCAUUUCCCUUGUGGCCCUGUCAAGGAAAGAGUUUCCGAUGGACUUACACCGGGCAGCCUUCAAGAUGGAAAACUCCUCCUACCUUCCCAAUCCUCUGGCAUCUCCAGCCCUCAUGGUUCUUGCUUCUACUGCUGAAGCCAGCCGCGAUGCUUCCAUCCCUUGCCAGCAGCCAAGGCCCUUUGGUGUCCCUGUGUCAGUGGACAAGGAUGUUCACAUCCCAUUCACCAAUGGCUCCUAUACUUUUGCCUCCAUGUAUCACCGACAAGGUGGGGUGCCAGGAGCAUUCACCAACCGUGAUUUUCCACCUUCCUUGCUUCAUCUCCACCCCCAGUUUGCUCCCCCAAAUCUGGACUGCACUCCAAUAAGCAUGCUGAACCAUAGUGGUGUUGGGGCCUUCCGUCCCUUUGCCUCUUCUGAGGACAGGGAGAGUUACCAGUCAGCUUUUACACCUGCCAAACGCCUGAAGAACUGCCAUGAUACUGACUCUCCCCACCUUCGCUUCUCAGACGCUGAUGGCAAGGAGUAUGAGUUUGGAGCCCAGCUCCCAUCAGGCUCCCCUGGCUCCCUCAAAGUCGAUGACACAGGGAAAAAGAUCUUUGCUGUCUCUGGCCUCAUUUCAGACCGGGAGACCUCAUCUAGCCCUGAGGACCGAAAUGAUAGAUACAGAAGCGACAGCCAAGGAGGGCCACCGGUGUCUGCGGGGGCCAGCCAGCGCAUGGCGCUAACUUUCCCUCUCUGCAAAAAGAAGGCAACACUUUUUGACAGCCAGGCUCCCAUCUGUCCCAUUUGUCAGGUCUUACUUCGUCCAGGUGAACUGCAAGAACAUAUGGAACAGGAACUGGAGAAGUUAACACAGCUUAACAUCAGUAAGAAUUCUAUAUUGAAGGAUGUCAUGACCCCAGGCACCCCCAAGUCAAUUUUGUUGUCAGCCUCAAUCAAGCGGGAGGGAGACUCUCCAACAGCAUCACCUCACUCUUCAGAUGAUAUCCAUCACUCAGACAGAUACCAGACCUUUCUCCGAGUAAGAGCAAACAGGCAGACACGGCUGAAUGCUCGGAUUGGGAAAAUGAAACGACGGAAGCAAGAUGAAGGGCAGGUAUGUCCCCUCUGCAGCCGGCCUCUCUCAGGAUCCGAGGAGGAGAGGAGUAGGCAUGUCGAACAAUGCCUUGAAAAGAGGGAAGGUUCAUGCAUGAUCGAGGAUGACGCUGUAGACAUUGAGAAUGAGAAUCGCUUUGAAGAGUAUGAAUGGUGUGGACAGAAGAGGAUACGUGCCACCACCCUACUGGAAGGAGGAUUCCGAGGAUCUGGGUUUGUCAUGUGCAGUGGCAAGGAGAAUCCAGACAGUGAUGCUGACCUUGAUGUGGAUGGAGACGACACACUGGAAUACGGGAAACCACAAUACACAGAAGCUGAUAUCAUUCCAUGUACUGGGGAAGAACCAGGGGAAGCUAAAGAGAGAGAGGCGCUUCGAGGUGCUGUCUUAAAUGGUGGCACACCUAGUACCCGAAUAACACCAGAAUUCUCUAAAUGGGCAAGUGAUGAAAUGCCAUCAACAAGUAAUGGGGAGAGCAGUAAACAGGAGCCCAUGCAAAAGACCUGCAAGAACAGUGACAUAGAAAAGAUUACAGAAGAUUCAGCAGUGACAACAUUUGAAGCGCUAAAGGCUCGUGUCCGUGAGUUAGAAAGGCAGCUCUCCCGUGGGGACCGCUAUAAAUGUCUCAUUUGCAUGGACUCAUACACGAUGCCUCUGACCUCGAUUCAGUGCUGGCACGUGCACUGUGAAGAAUGCUGGCUGAGGACUUUGGGUGCUAAGAAGCUGUGCCCUCAGUGCAACACCAUCACCUCUCCAGGGGACCUCAGGCGCAUCUACUUAUGAAGGACAUGGCUGCUCAAACCAGAUUGCCACACCAGAGGAACUGGGGGAAAGUAAUGGCGGCAGCAGCAGCAAGAGACAUUUACAAACAAACUAGAGACUCCAAAUGUGGACUAGAGGCUGAAGGAGCCACACAAUGCCUCUGCUUCCAACCCUGUCACUGACACCGCCAACUUCAUGAGAAGGCCAAACCAGAACCUUUAUUGUGAACCACCCUACCCCCCUUUACAAACUGAUGUUCUGCACCUCUCCCAUUUUGCCAUGAGGCAUGGUUCCAUUGUGGAUGACUUGCAAGCCUUUUCAGGGGAACAUCUUGGUAGCCAAGCCACCCUGUGAGCCAACUUGUGAAGGGACUGAAUCUUCCACAGCAGGAACCCUCCCGAGCUGUAACUUGUGUUCUUUUUCCCUCCUUUUUUGUGGUGGUCUAGUGGUUUUAAAAACAAAACACCUACACCGAAACUUCCACAAUGGCAGAAUGAAGCACAUGUAAUAUAAACUCUAUAUGUUUACAAUGUUGUGUAUAAAUGGGAUAGACUACAACAUUACAUACUAAUAUGUUGUCCUUUUAUGUUUUUCCUUUGUUUUUGGGUUGUACUUUUUUUUUUAAAAGAGAAAAAAAAUAAGCAGAGAACAUUAAACCCAUAUUUUUCUUGGUUCUACAAAGUUUUGACAUUAAAGUCAUUAGUUUAAAAGAAGUAUAAAUAUAUAUAUAUUAUACAUAUUAUAUAAUAUAAAUGGUUUAAUGUUCUGUGGUGUAUAUUUCCUCAUUCAGAUAUAAAGUUAACAGCUUCUAGUAUCGGCUGUAUUUCUGCCCGUGACUUACACAACUUCUGGGGAAAGAUGGGAAAACAAGAUUUCUGUCAUUAGUUGUAGCUAAUGGGGCUAUUUAUAUAGAAUCUUUAUCCCACUGAAAUAGUCUUUAAUUUUUCACUGGAAGGCGAGGAAGAGGCAUGCGGGUCAGAGGCUUGCAAACUUUUACCAGUGCCAGCUGGGAACGGGACAAGUUGAUGCAUUUACGUGAAGGAAAAGGGGAGUCAUCUUCGCCUGCUGCAUCUGGCAUUACAGGAUGUAAUUCCACUCUUACCAGAAGUUUGUUUCUUUUUUUAAACUGAAGCCAUCUUUUGUUUGAGAAUAUUGUAGUCACAAGGUUCUGAGCCAGUAAGUACUGAACUCUGGUUUGUAGCUUCUAGGCCUAGAAAAGUAAGUGCAGAUAAGCAAUUCAGAAAAAUCCUCAGUCUUGUCAUCCUGUGACUGAGCAGGAAUUAGCCUUCAGUGUUUCUCCCUCCAUCUCUCUAGUCAAGCAAAUCCUUUUAUGUCAAUCUGGUGUAUUGCCAUGCCUAACCACUGGCCUUCCUGAUCUGUGUGAUGUCCCAUAUCUUUCAUAGGUUCACUUCUAAACAUAUGUUUAAUUUAAACUUUUUUUAAAAAGGGCGUUCGUAUGUGCUGGCCUGUAAUGACAUGUGUCUUGUUUCUUCCUUCUAUCUCUCCUGCUUAGACUGUGACAGUGGUGGAACUCAGUCCAGGUUUAUGUGAGGUUGAACUUAUUGAAGCCCUCUGCAGCCAUUUGCACAAUUCUGAUAGCAGCCCUUACCCAGUCACCUGUUCUGCAACUGCAAACUGUCCCCAGCUGUGACCCAUGUGCAGUCUUCUCUCAGCCUUCCCCAAUCAAUCCAGAAAUUUUUUCAUCACACAAACAAGCUUCCUAUAGUCCACCUAGGAAAAGGAUUGCAACAUUACUGGGACUCCACAAAUGGAAACCAGAAGUGUGCACGACAAGAACUGGCUUUGCUAGGCAAAGAUGCCUAAGAAUAACUACCUUUUAAGAUGGGGAUAGUGUGUGAAGUACAUUUUUGUUCUAGCUCAUUCAGUCUGAUACCUCUGAUUUAAGUCCUAAAAUAUCAGAUAGUGUUUGUCAUGUUGGUGUAAAAACAACUGGUUUUAUAUAGAUCAGAUUUCUGCCACAGCACUAUCUUACAAUACAUGGUUCUAUACUCCUUCCUAGAUAGGGAUAGCCAUUAUUAUACAAAUCUUGCAUUUUGACUUCUCAAGAAUGCUCUUGAAAUAUUCACUGUUGUCUUAUGAAGAACAGCUUCAGGCUCGUAGACAAUUCUGAACUUCCAAGGUUCCCAAAUAGUUAACAGCUAGAUUUCAUAUAGCAAGAAGUGGCUAAGCCAUCCGACUAAGAAGGGGUUUAAAAAUAAGUGUUUCUGCUGUUGUCACCUAGGCAGUGAGACCAAUGUAAGGGUAAACUACCAGCAGCUUGAAGGGGUUGUUUUUUCACGCAAGAGUUAAUUGGCAUCCUAAGUGGGCAGCAGCCAUUGGUUCAUUCUAUGGAGUCCUCCACUGGUAUAGCACUUAACUUCCUAAAGACAAUUGGUCUGAAGUGUGUCAUGGUAAGGAAGGCUGCACCACACCCAACCCUGCUUGCCCAGCACAAUCAAGCAAUCACUGUGGGAACAUUCAAUACAAAGCUGCAUAUCACCCUGAAAUGUUUGAGAGCGGGCUGUGCUGAGAGAGUUCAUUUUUCAUGUCCCAGUAAAUUGGGAACGAAGAGCUUUCUCUGGUCCUAUGGACCACUACUAAACUAAAUGCAUAUCUGUAAAGCCACAUGCAACUAAUAACUUUUAUUUCAACAUUAAUCUUGUCCUGCUUUUUUUUCCCUUGAGGGGAUAGGGAGGAAAGGGAAAGAAGAUGCAAGGUUCCAUUCAUAUCACUCAGCAACCACAUUCUCCUCUUCCACUAUGAGCUUGAAAUGAAAUGAACGAUAUUUGCCCAAAGAUUCCCAGCUGCACAAGGUGAUAUUCAAGUUGUGUCAAUGAUUGUGUGUCCGUGUAUAUUCUAUAAAAAGGUACUUGUCAUUCCCGUUUGUAAACUACAUUUGACAUUAAUUAAAUGAAUAUAAAAUCUUCCAA